AUGGCUCGGGAAGACCAGCGUGGGCAACCUGCUCGCACCAGACGCGUUCGAGAUGAGCGAGACCCCCAGACAACCACUCCAAAGGAGCCAAGUGAAGAAGACACUUGGAGCGACGACGCGAAUUGUGGUGACCUGCCGUCAAAACCAGGCAAUCGGCAAAGGAAACCAAAGCAUGACCCAGUUUCCAACUCUCGUCGACAUCGCCAGCGCGAGCCUGUUUUGCCCUCGAAGUUGAGCGAGCCUCGGAAAGAAAAAUAUGCCAAUGACCCUGGUAGUUUUCGACAGGCUGGUGGCCAAGAUGUCCCGUAUGGUCGUCCAGUCUAUCAUGGCCAUGAGCCCUUCGUGCCGUUAUCUCAACCAGCACCCUCACCUAUAUCAACUCAAUACCCACAAAAUCCAUAUCUCCCAAACUGGCAUGCGUCUUUUCAACAUCCAAUGGGCGAUCCUACAAUCCCUAUCAGCGACCAAUAUAUUAAUAGUCAACCCGGGGCCCCUCCAUCCUACCCGUAUCCGAUGAAUCCGGGCCCCUAUUCUGUGAACAUAGAGCCCCAGACCUUUUUCCCAGAUCCUGGACUUCAGUACUUGAAUUAUCACCACAUUCAGCCUCAACCUGUCCCAUCGUUCGAAGGUAUGCCUAUGGCGGGAAAACCGCCCCAAAUGGCCACGCCCUCGGCCCUGGAAUACGAACUGGAAGAAACCAGAAGGGAAUUGGACGAUAUGAGAAUAAGCCAGAAACGCGAGAGGAAAGCUCUGAAGAAGCAGAAUGAAGCGGCAGCCCAAAAAAAGGCAAAGAGGGACUCGGAGGCGCGAAGUGUAGAGCGCCUGGUCAGAGAGGAGAUUAACAAAGUAUUGGAGCGAGAAAAGAGAUUGAUGGACUUCGAAACACAAUCAGAGCCGGUCAGGGCAAGGGCAGGCGACGACAUAAGAGGGUACCCGACACCUGCACGACAUGCACAUGAUGCUAUGCAGUAUUCUAACGAAAUACUGGGAGAGUCGGAUCAGCUGCGGGAGGAGAUUGCUCGACUGGUCGAAGGAAGGAGGCAAUACUUGUCGCAGAGGGUACUAUCGAGGGGCAGUCUGGAUGCGCCAACCAGGACCAAACUUCAGGUAAGACCGAGAACUGCCUUUGGCCCUGUGAACGACCCAGACUUCAGAGACCGGGUAGAGGAUGUUGUGAUAGACCUUCUGCAGCGUAUUAGGUCCAAUGAGGAUGAGAGUGAAUGGCUACCCUCUUUAUCGUCUCCAUACCGGACAAUGUCCGAUGGCUACCCUGCAAGAGAGGGUCAGCAACGUCCACGGGACUGGCAAACUGGCACGUACGGUAGCAAGCCUAUCGAUCCUGCCAUAUAUUCUUCAAACUUUGCCCACGAACGCAAGGAUGACGCAAAGUUUUCUUGUUCGCCAAGGGACUUUGAAGCUCAUCAGAAUUUCGCUCGAGAAACAGGAAACCGGGGAUAUCCUACCAAUACAGGGCAGAAUGGCGGAAUUUGGGAGAGACGUAAUUCUGGCCGGUUUAGAGGAAAUGAAACAGAUGGCCGGCAGAUGGAGAAUUCAGACAGACUUGGGGGUCCCCGAUAUCCUGAAGUGCGUACACCAUAUCACCCGGGUUUCUCGGAUGAAUUGGACGACCAAGAGUUCUUCCCUGGCCGCCAGCCGGCUCCUUACGCAUUUGUCCCCAAUCGCUCGGGCCUGGACGAUGGCUUUAUGCCACCUUUGGCACCUGAACCCCCACGGAGGAGUCGAGAUAUUCCUUAUAACGAUCAGUUUAGAUAA